AGAGUAAAAAUGUCAUCACUAGUCAUCAGUCAUCUCGUCUUGUCAUUGAAGUUUGACAGUUGUGAUCGUAGUUAACCUCCAGUACUAUUUUUGGAAAAAUUAUCACAUUUUAAACCAUAUUUAUUAAGGUUUAUGUGUGAAUAAUCUAUAAAAAUAUAAAAUUUUGUUAUUGAUAACAAUUAGAGGCAUCAUCACAAGAUGGUAGUAUCAGAGGAGCAGCCACCGGCAGUGGAAGGAGACGCAGCUGCCAGCAAGAAGGCCGCGAAGAAAGCCGCCAAAGCUGCUGAGAAGCAACAGAAGAAAGCUGAACAUAAGGCAGCCUCUGGUCAGGCUCAACCAGAGGCCUCGGAGCCAGAUGUGUCAGAAGGCCGGUAUGGACAGCUGAAGAUGAUCCAGUCUUCCGGAGAGAAUAGAGACAGGGUCUACACUGAUGUAAAAGAUCUCUCUGUCAAACUCAAUGGACAAAACGUCUGGGUACGAGCUCGUCUCCAAACGUCCCGUGCUAAGGGGAAGCAGUGCUUCGCGGUACUUCGGCAAAGCAGUAGCACUGUCCAGUUGUUGAUCAGCGUCAACGAGGAGCGAGCGGUCAGCAAACAGAUGGUCAAAUUUACUGGCAAUAUAACCAAAGAGUCAAUAAUCGACGUGUACGCGACGGUGGUGAAGACGUCGGCCCCCAUAGAGUCGUGCACGGUCCGCGAGGUGGAGCUAGUGGGCACGCAACUAUGGCUCGUCUCGCCUGCGCGCGCGCAACUACCGCUGCAGAUUGAGGAUGCUGCAAGACCGGAGAAAUCUGAUGACCCAGAAGCUCUGAAGAUCCGCGUGAACCAGGACACGAGGUUAGACAACAGAGUCCUGGACCUCCGCACUCCUGCCAACCAGGCUAUAUUCCGGCUGGAGGCUGGAGUCUGCAAGCUGUUCAGAGAUCUGCUCACUGAGAGAGGGUUCGUCGAGAUCCACACACCGAAGAUUAUAUCGGCGGCAUCAGAAGGCGGUGCCAACGUGUUCACCGUGUCUUACUUCAAGUCGUCCGCGUAUCUAGCGCAGAGCCCGCAGUUGUACAAGCAAAUGGCAAUCGCCGCUGACUUCGACAAGGUAUUCACAGUAGGCGCAGUGUUCCGCGCCGAGGAUUCGAACACGCACCGUCAUUUAACAGAGUUUGUUGGCCUUGAUCUGGAGAUGUCGUUCAAACAUCAUUACCACGAGGUCCUGUACACCAUCGCUGGGACUCUUACUGACAUGUUCCGUGGACUUCGAGACCAGUUUGCGGCCGAGAUAGCGACAGUGGGCCAGCAGUACCGCGUGGAGCCAUUCAAGUUCCUGGACCCGCCGCUCAGGCUGGAGUUCCCUCAGGCCAUACAGAUGCUUAAAGAAGCAGGAGUAACAGUGGGCGAAGAGGAUGAUCUAUCGACUCCGGAUGAGAAGCUGCUGGGUCGCCUGGUGCGAGCCAAGUAUGACACCGACUUCUACAUCCUGGACAAGUACCCGCUCGCUGUCAGACCAUUCUAUACCAUGCCGGACCCUAACAACCCGAAAGUAUCCAAUUCAUACGACAUGUUCAUGCGCGGCGAGGAGAUCCUCAGUGGAGCGCAGAGGAUACACGACCCCGAGUUCCUCACUGAGAGGGCCAAGCAUCACGGCAUAGACAUCAGUAAGAUAGCAGCAUACAUUGAAUCCUUCAGGCUAGGAUGCCCCCCACACGCAGGCGGUGGUAUCGGAAUGGAGCGAGUAGUUAUGCUGUACCUCGGGCUGGACAACAUUCGCAAGACUUCAAUGUUCCCCCGCGACCCCAAGCGAGUGACGCCGUGAUCCAAUCUUGUAUUAUACCAGUUUUGUACUGACUACAGAUCAUUAUUCAAUAAAAUGUUUAUUUAAUA